UAUUACACAUAGCAAACACAGAUCCAACGAGAAAAAAAAAAAAUUUACAAAGUCAAACGUUGACCAAAAGAAAAUAUUAUGGGAAGUUACAGAAUAUGUUGUUGUUUUACAAGAAAAUUCAAAGUCACAGAAGCCGAUCCGCCGUCUGAUGUUAAAGAAGCAUUUCUCAAGUAUUCUGAUGAUGGGAUACAUAUGAAUGUUGAUAACUUGCAAAGGUUUAUCAAUGAUCAGUUUCAAGACAAUAAUCAUUAUGGUGGAAUUAACAAUAAUACUCGUAAUGAUGAUCAUCAGUCGGUUUUAGAUGUGGAAAAGAUAGUGGAACAUGUGCUUCAUCAACGACAUCCGAUUACGUCGUUGAUUAAUAGGAAGUGUUUUACGUUGGAGGAUUUUCAUCAUUAUUUGUUCAAUUCUGAACUUAAUCCUCCCAUUGGAUCUCAAGUUCACCAUGAUAUGAACGCGCCAUUAUCCCAUUAUUUCAUUUACACUGGCCACAACUCGUACUUGACUGGAAACCAGCUGAGUAGCCCUUGCAGUGAAGUGCCAAUAAUUAAGGCAUUGAGACGUGGUGUGCGAGUAAUUGAACUUGAUUUAUGGCCAAACUCAUCUAAAGAUAAUGUGCAUGUUCUUCAUGGAAGGACGCUAACAACACCUGUUGAUCUCCUAAGGUGUUUGAGAUCAAUCAAAGAGAAUGCUUUCGUUGCUUCACCUUAUCCCGUCAUCAUAACACUAGAAGACCACCUUACACCUGAUCUUCAGGAUAAAGUGGCUCAGAUGGUCCAUGAAACAUUUGGGGACAUGCUAUUUUGCCCUAAAUUCGGAAAGUUAAAAGAAUUACCCACACCUGAAAGCUUGAAGCAUCGUAUACUAAUUUCAACAAAACCUCCAAAGGAGUACCUUGAAGCUGAAGAGGACAAGCGGACUAAAUCACAGAGGGCUAAAGAUACCCUUAAUGAUGAUGAUGAUGAUGUUUGGGGUGCAGAGCCCUCAAGGGCCACAUCUAUUAGAUUUCAAAGUGUUAAGUAUGAAAGUGAUGGAAGUGACAACGAUCAUGAUAAUGAAGAUUUAGAAGAUCAUCUAAAGGAAACAGAUACAUGUCCUACUUACAAGAAUUUGAUUGCUAUUCAUGCUGGCAAGCCCAAAGGUGGACUAGAAGAGGCGUUGAAAGUCGAAAGGGAUAAAGUUAGACGUCUAAGUUUGGCAGAACAAGCAUUGGAAAAAGCUGCAGAACACCAUCAACAGGAUAUAGUAAAGUUUACUCAGAAGAACAUUCUUAGAAUUUAUCCUAAGGGCACUCGUUUUACAUCCUCUAAUUACAAGCCACUAGUUGGUUGGCUUCAUGGAGCUCAGAUGGUUGCAUUCAACAUGCAGGGCUAUGGUAGAGCACUUUGGUUGAUGCAUGGAAUGUUCAGGGCCAAUGGAGGAUGUGGUUAUGUUAAAAAACCGGAUUUUUUGAUGACAAAUGGGCCAAAUAACGAGGUGUUCAAUCUCAAAGCAGAGCUUCCAGUGAAGUUAAUUUUAAAGGUGAAGAUUUAUAUGGGAGAUGGAUGGCAUCUCGAUUUCAAGAAAACUCAUUUUGAUGCCUACUCCCCUCCCGAUUUUUACACAAGGGUUGGUAUAUCUGGAGCACCUGCUGAUGAAAUAAUGAGAAAGACGCAAAAAAUAGAGGACGAUUGGACGCCUGUUUGGAAUGAAGAGUUCACUUUUCCGUUGACACUUCCUGAAAUAGCUUUGCUUAGAAUUGAAGUACAUGAAUAUGACAUGUCUGAGAAAGAUGAUUUUGGCGGCCAAACUUGCCUUCCGGUUUCUGAGUUAAGGCCUGGAAUACGUGCAGUGCCUCUUUGUAACCGUAAAGGAGAUCCCUAUACGUCUGCAAGACUACUUAUACGAUUCGAGUUUGUGUCUAAUUUGUCUUAAAUUUUCAUUCUGAUUAUUAGUACUGUAGUAUGAGAACUUUUUCACAUCUCAUUUCAAAAUAAAUUCUUAGUAUAUAAGCAAAUGCCUAUUUAUUUUGGAACUUAAA